GAUUAAGGCUGAGCGCCGAGCGCGAGGAGCGGCCAGGGUGUGUGUCGCAGCCUCUUUUCCGCUGCUGGUUGCUGAAUUUAGACGAUGGAGCCACUGGCGGAGGGAGGCAGAGUGACCGUAGUUCCUCUGUCAGGUUCCUAUAGCAAUGAUGAGUGUCCCGAAGUCGAAGAAGGAGUUGGCCUAGCGGUUGAGAAGGACGCAGGCACGAGAGGAACGGAGGCCGUUGGGGACAGCGAGGAAGACGGGGAGGAUGUGUUCGAGGUGGAGAAGAUCCUGGACAUGAAGACCGAGGGGGGUAAAGUGCUUUAUAAAGUUCGCUGGAAAGGAUAUACGUCGGAUGAUGAUACCUGGGAGCCUGAAAUUCACUUGGAGGAUUGUAAAGAGGUGCUUCUUGAAUUUAGGAAGAAAGUUGCAGAGAACAAAGCCAAAGCAGUCAAGAAGGACAUUCAGAGACUGUCAUUAAAUAAUGAUAUAUUUGAGGCAAACUCUGAUAGUGAUCAGCAAAGUGAGACAAAGGAAGAUACUUCCCCAAGGAAAAAGAAGAAAAAAUUAAGGCAUAGAGAGGAGAAAAGCCCUGAUGAUCUGAAAAAGAAAAAAGCAAAGACUUGGAAACUGAAAGAUAAAUCCAAACCAGACUUGGAGAGCUCCUUGGAAAAUGUAGUUUUUGAUUUAAGGACAAAGAAAAGAAUUUUGGAAGCCAAAGAAGAAUUAAAGGAGUCCAAAAAGCCCAAAAAAGAUGAAAUGAAAGAAAAUAAGGAAUUCAAGAAAGUUAAAAAGGCUGAAAUAAGAGAUAUAAAGACUAAAAUAAGAGAAGAUUCCAAAGAAAACAGAAAAACAAAAAAAGAAAAAUGUAUUGACUCUCAAGUGGAAUUUGAAUCAAGUGUACUUAGUGAUUCCCCCUUUCAAGAAGAUGACAGUGAAGAUUUACAUUCUGAUAACAGAGAAGAGAAACAAAAAAUUAAAAGUGCAAAAGAUAGAGUGGGCCAAGAUGCAUGGCAGGACCAAACUUUUGAUAAACAGCUGGAUAGCACCACAAGUGCUGAGGAGGAUGCUGAUGUCAAGGCCAGGAGAAAAAAAAAGACCCUGAGAAAGGCUGAGGAACCCAAAGAGAGUAGGAAGCUAGAAAAUAAGAAUGCAUUCUUAGAGAAGAAAACUGUGCCUAAAAAGCAAAAGAAUCAAGAGAAAGGCAGAAGUACUAUUGAGUUAGAGAAGCUAUCACCUGCUGCUGCUCAGAUGCUAAAGUGUUUAAGAUUGAGUGGGGAAGAGAGAAGCUUCAGGUCCAGUGACUCUACUGAGGAGGAGAAAGAGACCAAAAAAAAUGAACCCAAAGAAAAAUUUCAGAAAAGACUUGAUUUGGACAAGGAAGAAAAGGGCCGAAAAGAGCCAAAGGGAUUAAAGACACUUAAAGAAAUCAGAAAUGCAUUUGACUUAUUUAAAUUAACUCCAGAAGAAAAAAAUGAUGCUCCUGAUAGUAAUCGGAAAAGAGAAGAAAUACCACUGGAUUGUAAAGCCACAGAGGAUCACAAAACCAAGGAAAAUAAGCAGUUACUUAAAGAAAGGAGAAAUACCAGGGAUGAAACUGAUACUUGGGCAUAUAUUGCUGCAGAAGGUGACCAGGAGGUUUCAGACACUGUGUGCCCAAUGGAUGAUAAUGCGGAUGGCAGGCAACAUAUUUUGAGUUUGGGCAUGGACUUGCAGUUGGAAUGGAUGAAAUUAGAAGACUUUCAAAAGCACCUUGAUGGGGAAGAUGAGAAUUUUACUACAGCAGAUGCAAUUCCAAGUAAUUUGUUGAGGGAUGCUGUGAAAAACGGGGAUUAUAUUACUGUAAAGGUUGCACUUAAUUCAAAUGAAGACUAUAACUUGGACCAAGAGGAUUCCAGUGGGAUGACACUGGUAAUGCUUGCUGCGGCAGGAGGACAAGAUGAUCUCCUGAGACUCCUCAUCACUAAAGGUGCAAAAGUGAACAGCCGACAGAAGAAUGGGACUACUGCCCUUAUUCAUGCUGCUGAAAAGAAUUUUUUAACUACGGUGGCUAUCCUUUUGGAAGCAGGAGCUUUUGUAAAUGUCCAGCAGAGCAAUGGUGAGACUGCGUUGAUGAAGGCCUGUAAGAGAGGAAAUUCAGACAUCGUUCGACUUGUAAUUGAAUGUGGGGCUGACUGCAACAUUUUGUCAAAGCACCAAAAUAGUGCACUGCAUUUUGCAAAGCAGAGUAACAACGUGCUUGUGUACGACUUGCUGAAGAGCCAUUUAGAGACACUUUCAAGAGUAGCAGAAGAGACAAUAAAGGAUUACUUUGAAGCUCGUCUUGUUCUAUUAGAACCAGUCUUUCCAAUAGCAUGUCAUCGACUCUGUGAGGGGCCAGAUUUUUCAACAGAUUUCAAUUACAAACCCCCACAAAACAUUCUGGAAGGCUCUGGCAUCCUGCUGUUUAUUUUCCAUGCAAACUUUUUGGGUAAAGAAGUUAUUGCUCGACUCUGUGGACCAUGCAGUGUACAAGCUGUGGUCUUAAAUGAUAAAUUUCAACUUCCUGUUUUUCUGGACAGUCAUUUUGUUUACUCAUUCAGCCCUGUCCCAGGCCCAAAUAAACUCUUUAUAAGGUUGACAGAAGCACCCUCUGCUAAGGUGAAGCUGCUAAUAGGUGCAUACAGAGUGCAACUGCAGUGACCACACAGAAAGGACUGGGAUGGGGUUAUUUUCAGACCUAUUCCUAAACAUUCUCUUUGAAGCAGUUUGGUAUUCUCCUGGCACAUCUCAAACCUUCACAUGUAAAACUUUGUACACCUCCUAUAUGGUGCAAGCCUGUCUGUUGCCGUCUAUAAAAUGGGGGAGGGUAUGUUGAUGCCAGUGUUUGGGCAUCAGCAUUGUGUCCAGACUGCAUAUUUCAGUUUUUCCACAAUGUGGAUGGUACAUAUGAGGAUUAUUUAAGAAAAUUAAAGACUUUUUUUUUUUUCUAACUUGAAAUUUUCUACUAGCCCUAAAAAAAUUUGUGUUUAAAAAAAAAAAAAAAAAAGAAAGAAAUUCAACCACAAAACAUUUGCUCCCAGCAAAGGAGCAUGACAUCAAGUACUCAACACUAAGUAUGGAUUGAUACAGUGAUAUGGGGGGAGCCUAACCUUUUCUAAUAUGUAUACAAGGAGAGAGUGCCAAAAAACAGUAUACACAUUUUAAGAAAGGAGCAACCGUAUGAAAAUUGUAAUACUCAAAUACUCACAUUUCAUAGUUGCAGAAGUCAAAUGUGACUUGAGUUUUACAAAUUUCAUAUAGUUUUUUCCUUUCUUAAAUUGUGUAUACUUUUUUUUUCCUUUCUUAAAAAGUGUAUACUUUUUUUGGCACCCUCUGUAUACAGUUUCCAUAUAACCCCCAAGCAGAAAGGGAAGAGGCUGCAGUAACUUAGUGAAUGUGCAGUAAUCACUUGUCUGUUCACAUGCUAACAGGAUAACAAUGAAAAUCUAUGAUGUAGGGAGAGUAUAAACUAGGAUUUUAUGAAGCCUAAAAGAAAUUAAAUGUGAGCUUGUACCCUUGUUCUUGGAAUCUGACUAGUGAUGUUGAAAAGCCAUGUCCUGUGCUGCUCUUGUAUUAAAACUGACUGAGAAGACUGGCCUAGGAAGAGUUCCUGCUUUUGUAGAUUGCCUAUUGGUCUAACUCUUGCAUCAUCUUAAAUAUUGGCAGACACUCAGAAAAAUAAAGCUCAGUUCAGUCUGGAUUAUGGAAAAGUUGAAAAUUGUUUACUUAUUAGUUUAUAAAUGUAUAAAAUAUUCAAGCUGGGUGAAGUGGCUCACACCUGUUAUCCUAGCACUCUGGGAGACCAAAACGGGAGGAUCCCUGGAGCCCAGGAAUUUGGGACCAGCCUGAGCAAGAGAAAGGAAGACCUUAUCUCUACUAAAAAUAGAAAAACUAGCUGGGGGCGGUACCUGUGGCUCAAAGGAGUAGGGUGCCGGCCCCAUAUAUCGGAGGUGGCACGUUCAAACCCAGCCCUGGCCAAAAACUGAAAGGAAAAAAAAAAAAAAAAGCUAACUGGGUGUUGUGGGCACCUACAGUUCCAGCUACUUGGGAAGCUGAAACAGGAUUGCUUAAACCCAGGAGGAGUUUGAGGUUGCAGUGAGUUAUGAGGCUGCCACUGCACUGUAUCCCAUUGCAAAACUUUUUUUUCAGUCAGUCACAUGAUGAUGACCUAUGUACAGUGUAUAAACAUUUCUAAGAACCCUUUUACUUUAAGUCCUCAAACUGCUUUUUCUCAAUAAAUAUGCUAUUUUCUUUUUAUGUCUCAGGAUGUCAAAACAAGGUAGAUAUUAAAUGUGUGGUUUUUCUAGCUAAAUGAUGUCUAGGAUUAGAUAUUUUCAACUCAGUUGAAUCACACAGUAGUACUGUAUCUGAUUUCAUAGCUUUCUGAGGGAAAAUAAGUUGGGAUAUUUGAGCUAACAGAGUACAGGUCAGGAGCAGUAAGGGAGACAAUAAAUUUUUUUUCUGAAAGUCAUGCCUAAGACGAACAGCUUUACAGGAACAGAUCAGCAAGUGAUUUGAUCUUUAUCAAGAAGGUAGGGCUAAGAUGUGUAACCAACCCAAAUAGAAAAUCUGUAUAGUUCCCUUAGGGCUGAGAAGUAUGGAAGCUAUAGAAAGUCAGCCAGGAUUUAAUGUGUGAGAAUUACUGAGAAAAGUGCAAAUUACUCUGAAACAUGAGUUGUCUAUACAUCCGCUUUUACAGGAUGUGUGGGAGGUUCUGUCUGUAAACACUUGUCUCCUAGGAAUAUAACAAAGUCUUUAAUAACAGUUGUUUUGCUCUAACCCAUAGCUCCACAGCCAGGUUAAAAAAUACACUUGUCUUUGAGUGUAAAAAUAAGUAAAUGAUGAGUUAAGUUCUGGUUUCUUAUAAAGGGGACUGGAAUAGGCUAGAAGCUCCCACUUGGGAGGUUUGUUGCUGUGAGCUGGUGUUGCUGUGCUCCACUGAGGGUGGCUAAUACUGCUGGGCACUGCAGUGAGGCCUCAUGGGAAAGCAUGAGCAGCGAUCCCUCUAAAAACAAAGCAACCCUCAAGCAGCACCUUAUCAAAAGGUUUACAGAUAUGCUCAGAAACAUAGGACAAGGCCAAAGCCACCACUUUGUAUACGUGUACUACUAGGAUUUAGGUAGGGGUAACCUUGGGGUUAAGAGCACCAAACAUAGGCUACCUUGCUCUUUAGCCAGGCUGGCUGAGAAGCAAUCACCAGAGUUUUUUUAAUCUUCCCUCUGCCAUUCCUUUCCAGUGUAUACUGAGGCAAGGACAAUGUGGUUAACUGAAUAAUUUACUAACGACAGUCGGCCGCUUGGGUUUAUUCCAAUGGCUAUAGCAUUAAGUAUGUUACACAUCCUUUUAUCUGCUAUAGUGAAGAGAGAGGGACUCAAAUGUUGAAUAAAGAUUUAAGGAGUUGUUUCAGUAUUUUGUCAAGCCCAUCUGAUUUUCAUGUGUAAAAUUUGUUAGAAUGAUGAGAUGUUUGAAUUCUACUUUAUCCUGUGUUUGUAUAUGCAUUCUGCUGAGUAUUCAUAGUGAGCCACCAUCCCAGUAACCCAGGCUGGCGAGGCUUAGCAGCAGGCUGUUUACCAAGGCCUGAUAAAACAUUUAUCAUGAAAUGCUAGUUGGUUAAAAUAAAAACUAGGGGAAACAAAUGCUCGAGGAGGAUUAGACAACACAGGGAAAGGUAGGACACAUACAACAGAGUAUCAAAAACUGAUUCAUAAAAAAGGAAAGGAUUUAAAAUUUUUUAAUAAUUCAUGCAGUUAACAUGUUUCACAGCAUAAAGUAUUAAAUAAAUUUAAUCAUUCCCAAAUCUUUGACAAGACUACUUAGUAAAAUCCAGUUUCCUUCAUCUUCUGCUGACUUAAAAUUAAUAAUGCUUCUCUUUAGAGAUCAAAGCUGGGAUUUCUAGGCCUGACUUCUCUCCUUAUCUUGAUGUCAUGAAACAACAAAAAUCCCUAAAUAAAAACGGAAAUGUUGACCAUAGAAAACGUGCCUCUGAGGCAUGUUUUAAAAUGUAAUGGGUUAUGACUGCUCAUCUAUCCAUAAAUUGUUUAUAUGAAGUAAUAAAUUCAUAAGUGAAGUAAGAUUUGUUUUCCUCUGUUAUUAAAAAGUCCUUUACCCGCAAAAUGAUUUGAUCUGGAGGACAAAUUCAUUAGUAAACAGGAACUAAACUCCUUAGUUUUUCUUUAGGAAGAAGUUUCAAUCAUAAAAUUUGUUCAAUUUAAACAGCAGAUUAAGAUUUUUGAAUAAGGACUCUAUAUGGGAUUGGUACUUUCUUUACUCUUUAUAAUAAAAGCAGAUUCAGUGUCAUUUCUGGUAAUUAAGUAUAUGUUUAGCAUCUUAAUUUUAUUUACAUAUGUUUCUGAAAUGAACCCCAAUUUCUUUUUACUUUCUUAGAAAAUAAUGAUGAAAACCAGUUAUUUUCGUAACUUCACGAUUUUGAAUUUCAAAACCCUCCAGUUGAAUGACCAAUCUGUUUAAUAAGCUUACAAAAUCUCUCUUCUCUCUUUUAGAAGGCCACAUAAUGCCACAAAUAACCUAUACCCAGAUUUUUUUCCCUAUCCAUGUAUUUGGAGAUUGUUUUUUCAACCUACAUAUACAGCAACUUGAAAAUUAAUCCCAACAAAACGUCCACAGAAUAUAAAAUUAAUCCAUAAACAAGUUUCAAAGGGCAAUUCUAAUUUUUCUAUUAAUAGUUCCUUAGGUCAGUGGUUCUCUAGAAAAAAACAAAAUUACCCGUUGGGCUUUAAACCACCCAUAUUGCUAGGUUUCCCAUCUCAGUUUCUGUUCAAUGUGGCCAGAGAUGUGCAUUCUUAACAAGUUCCAAGACACUGCUGCUACACCUAAAAUUAAUUUUCUUAGAACUGGGUAAUAGUAUGCCAAAGAAUUGUCACACUUUGCUGCUGCAUUAAGUGGGCACCAGAUACUUUAAAAAGGUAGAAUCUCUCAAAGAUACAGAG